CCCUCACAACAGCGGCUAAGGGGGCGGAGACUUCGAGCAGAUUCGCGAAAGCAAAUACUCCAAGGUCGCGUACUUGGGGCGCAUGCGGCAACCUUCCCUUUGCUCUCGCGACGCUUCGUCUUCCCGGAAGCACUAGCGGACGGUCCUGGUGAACGGCGUCGGGAUGUGUGGGGGCUGUGUGGAGAAGGAGUAUCCCAACCGGGGUAACAUCUGCCUGGAGAAUGGAUCUUUCUUGCUGAACUUUACAGGCUGUGCAGUGUGCAAUAAGCGGGAUUUUAUGCUGAUCACAAACAAAUCUUUGAAAGAGGAAGAUGGAGAAGAAAUAGUUACCUAUGAUCAUCUGUGUAAGAAUUGUCAUCACGUAGUAGCCAGGCAUGAGUACACAUUCAGUAUCAUGGAUGAAUUUCAGGAGUAUACCAUGCUGUGUCUGCUAUGUGGCAAAGCAGAAGAUACUGUCAGUAUUCUCCCUGAUGACCCUCGGCAGAUGACUCUGUUAUUCUGAGGAUCCCUACAAUUCUGUAGGAACUGUGUUGUGGUGGUUUACAAUGCAGCACUGGUUUGCCUUACUUAGUUUAUGAUGGAAAUUAUUUGCAUUUUUUUCUACUUAGACUUAACUAUCGUUUGAAAGAAGAAGUAACUUAGGGGAUUAUGCUGAGCUCCUCUGCUAAAGUUCCCAGUUCACAUCAGAAUGAAGCCAGAAUGAAGAAUCUGUGUUAGAAGCUUUGUGGCUGGAAGGUGUAACUGGAAUGGGAGCAUUCCUAAUGCCCACCUCUUCAGGGCUCCUGGGAAAAAUGACUGAUUCUAGGACUGGGCCAGUAAAUAUACAAGACAAGCUUGGAGACAUUUUGUGCCACAAAGAAAGUGCUCAAAAAAACCCUCAUAAAACACAAUCAUUGAGAGUAUGUCAAAGAGACAAAAGAGCCAACACAAGGAGCUCCCUGUGACCAAAGUUGGAACAGUUUGAACAACAAAAUAAAGUAGUAUUGAGUUACAACCCAAACUAUAAAUAUCUAUGAGUCGUUACUGAUAUAAAUGAUUAAAUAACUAACUACAUAAAUUGGAAGAAUAGACAAAUCGCCCAUGCAGAAGAAUUUCAAAUAAUGUAUGUAGAUAGUCCUCAUUCCUUAAGUGUGGAUUAUACGUAGCAACUCCCUACUGUAAAGUAGAAUAGGUUAGAGUAGACUAGAGUAGAGCAUGCAAAAGGAGAAAAGUAACUUUACAGUUGAAGAACCUGACAAACCUAGCUCAGCCAAGUGACCGAGAUCACAUCCUCAGUGAUCAUCCUAUGGAUAAUAGCAUGUGCCCUUGAUAUGAUGUGAUGGGAGGGCACUUUGCCUUUGUGGUCUUCUUCCCUUAAACCCCUAGCCCCAGUCUAUUCAUGGGAAAAACAUCAGAGAUGUCCCACUUGAGAGCCAGUCUACAAAAUGUCUGACCUCUACUCCUCAAAAUUGUAAAGGCCAUUAAAGACAAGUCUGGGAAACUCUCACUAAAGAGACAUGACCACUAAAUGUAAUGAGGUAUCCUGGAUGGGAUCCUGGGAUAGAAGAAGGGCAUUUGGUUAAAACUAGCAAAAUCUGAAUAAAGUGUACACUUUAAUUAACAUAAGUAAAUAGAAUGAUUUCGGCUGCUCCAAAGAGAUUUUAGAAUAUCUCACCUUGUGUAGUUGAAAGAACACCGGCUUGGGUGUUGUAAGCCCUGUAAUUUAGGUCUCUCUGCCAUUUGGUAACAGUAUAACCAUUAAACAAAGUGUUACUUUGGUCUUUAUUGCUCCAUUUCUAUUAGAUCGGACUAGUAACAAUUGAUAUUUUACUUCCUUCACAGUGUUGUUAGAAGAUCAAAUGAAUAAUGAAUAUAAAACACUUUGGAAAGCAUAUAAAGUACUAGAUGCAAUGAGAUUGCUUUGGUUGGUUCUUCUCAUUCUGAGACCAAAACUUAAAGGGACAGGCAUUAGAAACCAAAUAAUUUCCUCUUCAUAAGGGUCAGGCAUUAGAAACAAAAUAGUUUCCUCUUCAUAUCCAAGAAAUUUGGAAAUUCUGGUCUAAAGCUUUGCUAAAGUGAAGUGAGCAAGGUAAGCAAGGUGUUCAUUGUUGAUGAACUAAAGUGAGCAUGGUGUUCAUUGCUGAUACCUGAGAAGUUUUGUUGUAUAACAGGAAUGCUAACGCUGAUGUUUAUUGAGCACAUAUUAUGUGCCAGCGUCUUUUUAAACACUUAAUUCAUCCUCAUUAACAAUUCCAUGAUGUAGGUACUAUUACUACCCCAACUUUAGAGCCAAAGAAACUGAAGCACAAGGAAGUUAAAGGCACUUAAGGUAACACAGCUAGUACAGUGACUCCCUCUCCACACUACUAUUCAGUACACAGGAAGUAUAAGGGUCUGGCGAGGUUAGAAGAAGUUGGGACUGUCAGUGACAGCACUCAGGAAUCCAGGCACACCAGACCAAGAUUUGUUUUUCAGAAAAGUUAAGUCAUCUGCUCCUUACGGAUCAGUUGUGUUAUUCCUGGAAAAUGUUUUCCACUUUUCUGCAAAUCUAUAUCUGACCUGCUGAGGAAAUCGUUUGGUGAAAUGGAUCCAGAAAGCAGAGAAAAUGCUUCAUUACUUUAAAUAGCAGCACUAAGCCCAUUAUAGCCUCUGAAUUGUCCCUUCUUGGAGUUUGCUAAUGCUUCCAACUUAAUCAUUUGGAGUUCAAGGGUACAGUUUUAUAAGCCUCUACUGAUAUCUUUGUCUAUUACAGACUGUAUAAUUAUCUAUCUAUUUUGGACUAUAUGUUACAAAAUUUUAAACUUAAGAUCCUAUCCACAUAUGUCAUUAUUAAACCAACUUUGUGCUGUGUUUUGUGAUACUUUAUCUUCUAGAGUUCUUCUAUGGGUCUAAUCAAAUAAAGGCCUCUUCAACCCAA